AUGCGAUGCCCCAAGCUGCUGCUUGGUGCCACUGUCAUCUUAGCCGCACCUGUCGCUUCUGACGGCGCCCAGGCUCCCCUCAACCCUCACCCGUCCUCCGCAUCGUUGGGCCAGAACCCGUUCAGGCCCCAAUUCGACAAAUAUAUUGAGGGUCUGCUGGACGAAUGGAAAGUCGCAGGCUUGGCCAUUGGCGUCGUUGACGCGCAAAGGUCCUACGCGAAGGCAAGUGCAUCUCUUCGCAUGCCAUCCUCGUGCGAUGCUAACACGCACGUAAAUAAGGCAUACGGAUAUGCUCAGCUCCCAGACGUGCCCGCCACCACCGACACGCUGUGGUAUGUCGGCUCAACGACAAAGGCCCAAGUCACCGCCGUCCUGGCCCAGAUGAUCGACAACCAGACGCAUCCCGCCCUCUCCCGUGGCUGGCAGACGCCCAUCUCGUCCAUCAUCCGCGAUGACUUCGUCCUCGCCGACGACUGGGCCACCGCCCACCUCACCCUCGAGGACGCCGCGAGCCACCGCACCGGCCUGUCCGGCCACAUCGACGCGCUCCCCAGCACGCUCGGCAACGGCGUCGCGCCCGCCACACCCGGCGACAUCACCCGGCUGCUGCGGCACCUGCCGCUCUCCCACGCGCCGCGCACGCGCUGGGAGUACAACAACUUCAUGUACGUCGCGCUCUCCCACGCCGUCGAGGCGCUGACAGGCGAGCCCCUGCGGGAGACGCUCCGCCGCGCGCUGUGGGCGCCGCUCGGCAUGGCCUCGACCUUCCUGAACUUGCGCGACGUGGACCGCGCCGCGCGGCACCGCGUCGCCCGCGGGUACUACUGGGACCGCGCGCGGGGGACUUUUGGCGAGCACCCGCUCUGGGAUGCGCCGGGCAUCGGCGGCGCUGGCACCGAGCUGUCCACCGUCGAGGACUACGUCAAGUGGCUGGCGUGCCUGAUCGACAGGGCGGCGGCGCUGUCCGCGGCUGCGCACGCGGACAUUCGCGCGCCGCGGACGGUCGUGCCGCCCGAGGCGUACCCGCCGCAGGGCCUCGACAUCAGCAUGUAUGGGCUCGCCUGGUUCCGCACCGCGAUCCACGGCCACGUCGCCUACAUGCACACGGGCUCGACCGAAACCCACGGCGCCAACGUCGCCUGGCUGCCCGAGCUCGGCUACGGCCUGGUCAUCUUCCUGAACCGGGCAAGCGAGAUCCGACAUGUGAUUGCGCGCAAGUUGAUCGAGGAUCGAAUCGGAACCCCCGAGGCCGAUCGCUUCGACGUCUCCGAAUACUGGAGGAAGCUGCUCGCGGCGGGAGAAGAAGCAGUCGACAACGCCGUCGAUGCCCUCUUCCCCGAGCGACCAACGCCCGCGUUGCCGUCCACGCACGCGCCGGCCGCGCUCGUCGGCUCGUACCACCAUCCGGGCUACGGCACGCUCGACCUCUGCCUGGAUUCCGCCUCUGGAUCAGAGGAUGCGUCCCGCGGGCGGCCGGUCCUCGUCGCGGACCGCAAAAACCUUGCGUUCCCCGUGCAGUGGCGAUUCGAGCAUGUGUCGGGCGACUACUGGGUCGUCUGGCGCUACGGCCUCGUGGACACGGCCCGGCCGAACGCCGCGUAUGCGGCCCGCGUUGAGACGGCGGUGAGCGGUGCGGUCGCGAGCAUCGUUGUGCAGCUGUCAGAACAAGGACUCGGCGAGGGGCCACUGGAGAUUAUCUUUUCCAGACAAAAAUAG